UAUGAACUUCAAAUCCAAUUGAUUUGGCGUGCGACAGAAAAUGAACAAGUAAAAAACUAAAAACAUCUGUAGUCCACGGACCGAUAAAGAGCCAGGUUAUUGUCUAAGGUUGUGCUCUCAACUAUGACUUCCAGCACUAAUAAUAUGUCCAAAUUUCAUACAAAGUUACAAGUUUCAACUUCCUCCGCCACCAAGCAAUGUAAGGUGCAUAAAACCAAGAAAACCAGAGUGGGUGAAGCUCAGAAUCUUAACUCACUCUUCAACGAAAUCUGUGACAUUUUAGGUUCCGAGAAUACAAUAAGCGCCGAAAAACAAUCUGAGUCUGCAUUACCUGGAACUACUCAUCCAGAGAUUGUAGCUAACGCUGUAGGAAAAACGCCUUGCACACUCGAUGCUUGUGAAAAUGCCAACGAAAAGGAAAUAUCACUCUCCUCAAACAAUAAGCUAACGGGGACCUUGAGUGAGUCAGAUAUUAGCUCUAUUGUUCAUAAAAUUACUGCAAUAGUUAGGGAUGAAAAUGUAGCUGUGUCAAUGGAAGAGCGGUUGAAGAAUGCAUGUUUAGAGUAUAACGAGGAGAUAGUUGAGAAGGUUCUGAAGAGGUGUUUCAAGGUUCCUUAUUUAGCUUUCAG